GCUACGCUGCAAAGAGCAAUAGGUCUAAGCUGAGCCAUAACUUUCGGUGCCUCAAUCUUCGGAAUCAGACAUAUAAGUGUUAUGUUCUUUUUCUUUCUUGUUUUUCUUGAUUGCAUUGUGCCUAUUUUGUAAGGCUGAUUGUCAUUCGUCAACCCUGAUCCUUUAAUGGUGAUAUUUUCAUAAUUUAGUUUUAUUUCAGGCGCAGUAAAUUCAUAUUUUCUAGUAAAAAAAAUAAGAAAUACAAAAGCGGUUAAAAACUACCAACUACUUUUCAAUUCUUUUUUCCCUUUUCUCAGAUUCGUGGAGAAGGAACGAAUUUUGAGUGAUGGGUAUUUAAGAGAAAGAGGAAUCACAGUAAGGCUAAAUCAGAGGGGUUUAGAGAGAGAGAGAGUGAAUAGCCGAAGAAAGAGGCAUGGCCACAAAUAGUAAAUCGAGUAAUUUGGCGAAACUGAAGCCCGCUGUUGGAGAUGGGCCUUCUUCUUCCAAACCCAGAAUUGAUUCCUCUGCAUCCAAGAAGAAAAUUGUUGGGGGAUCAAUCAGGAAUUCAGCUCCAGAUUCCAAAAAUAGAUCCAUUUUUAGCUCUAGCUCCAAAAUGACAAAGAAAACGUCUGCUCAAACGAAAGAUGAUAAGAAAACUGUGAAGAGAACCAGAGAGAAGAAAGUGUAUUCUUUGGCUGGCCAGAAAUUUGAUGUUCCCGAAGAGCGGGAGCCAUUGAGAAUAUUUUAUGAAUCAUUAUCCAAGCAGAUUCCUUCGAGUGAAAUGGCUGAGUUUUGGCUGAUGGAACACGGCAUGCUGUCACCCGAGAGGUCGAGAAAAGCCUAUGAGAAGAAACAGAGGAAGCAAAAACAGAUCCGUUCGGGAACUCCCAUAAAGUCUCCACCGCCCUCCACAUCUAGUAGACCCGAGAGCUCCAAAAAGCCACAGCCAGUUCCCAAGAAUGGCGAAGUAAAAUCUAAGAAACGGAUAAAGGAAGACAGCAACGAUGAGGAUGAUUUCGUGCUAAGCCACAAGUGGAGAAGAGGUUAAACUAACCAUACUCAGAGAAAAAAAAAUUGUACAACAAUCAUCGCUCGAGAUUCUUGAUAUUACAGACAGAUUGAAUGCUAAAUCUUGAUGGCCAGAGUUGUCUCAAUCGAUCUUUAAAUGCUCGUUGCCAAGGCCGAGGAUAGUCUCUGCCAUCGGGACGUGCAACGUGACUAUGUAAUGGAACAUCUGCAGAGAAGAAAAUAUAAGAAAAUGCCCCAAAGGAAGCAUGAUCCAGGUCAGAAAACCAGAUGUUAAUGUUGUAGUUGAAUUUAGCAUACAUAAAUACACACAUGGCUCUACAUGUGACACAACACAUGAUAUAAAUAUCUGCAUUGCACAAUAAAUACACAGACACACAUUGGGCUUAGAAAAAAAUUUGAUCUUGAAUGGUGAAAACAUGGUCCUACCAUGAAUCUCCCAAAGUUUUUAUGGGAUUUGAAGAACUGGUUCAAUUUGCAUUGGGUCUGAUUGAUAGAGUUUUUGUUGCCUAAAUUGGAGAGUGUAGUUUGGAGCUCAUUGAUGGACAGAGAGAGGAGAGAGCAUCCACAACAAUAUGCUCCUUAAAUUGUCAUUCCCAUGGAUAUUUGGUAGGUCUAAGAGCAUCUCCAAUGGUCGGCGUCACCACCGGAGCGCCGAUUUUUCGCCCACGCCGGUUUGACGCCGAACCAUUGGAACCGGCGUGGGCGAAAUCGGCGUCAAAAUCGGCGUCGCCAUGCC